CACAUAGGAAUUUUUUUGAUAUUUUGUAUAUUUUCUAAAAGAAACUUGAAUGACACAGAAAGCAUGGAGAAAGUUCUUGACAUAUGUUGGACCUGGUUUCCUAGUCUCCUUAGCUUACCUUGACCCUGGAAACAUGGAAACUGAUCUGCAAGCUGGAGCUAGCCACAGAUAUGAGCUGUUGUGGUUGGUACUGGUUGGACUGAUAUUUGCACUUAUAAUUCAGUCAUUGGCUGCGAACCUCGGCGUGAUCACCGGGAAACACCUUUCAGAAGUAUGCAAAAUUGAGUACCCAUUAUCUGUGAAGUACUGCUUGUGGUUAUUAGCUGAGGUUGCUGUCAUAGCUUCAGACAUACCUGAAGUGAUUGGCACAGCCUUUUCUCUUAACAUACUCUUCCACAUCCCUUUAUGGGUAGGAGUUCUGAUGAGUGGCUGCAGCACUCUCUUGCUUCUGAGUCUGCAGAGAUUUGGGGUGAGGAAGUUGGAACUACUGAUAACAAUCCUAGUUUUCAUAAUGGCUGCGUGUUUCUUCGCGGAAAUGAGCUUUGUAAAUGUCCCGACUUCGGAAGUACUAAAGGGAAUGUUUGUCCCCAAACUCGAUGGCGUUGGAGCCGUAGGAGAUGCAAUUGCCCUUCUCGGCGCCCUCAUCAUGCCGCACAAUCUUUUCCUCCACUCUGCUCUGGUUCUGUCUAGAAAAGUUCCCAUUUCUGUUCGAAGCAUCAAUGAUGCAUCAAGGUACUUUCUUAUAGAAAGCGGGUUAGCAUUGUUUGUAGCAUUUCUGAUCAAUGUUGCAAUGGUUUCUGUUACGGGAACUGUUUGUUUUUCCAAAAACCUUUCUGCAGAAGAUACAGAUCUCUGCAAUGAUCUCAACCUUAACUCUGCUUCUUUCCUUCUCAAGAAUACCUUGGGACGGUCAAGCUCAACCGUUUAUGCGAUAGCACUUCUUGCUUCAGGACAAAGCUCUACUAUAACUGGAACCUAUGCAGGACAGUACAUUAUGCAGGGUUUCUUGGAGAUAAAGAUGAAAAGAUGGAAAAGGAACUUGAUGACUAGGUGCAUUUCCAUAGCACCUAGUCUUAUUGUUUCCAUCAUUGGUGGUUCUUCUGGGUCUGGUCGCCUUAUUAUCAUUGCAUCAAUGAUACUUUCUUUUGAGCUUCCAUUUGCUUUAAUUCCACUUCUCAAGUUUAGCUGCAGCAGUACCAAGAUGGGACCUCACAAGAGUUCUUUGAUUAUCAUUAUCAUCUCAUGGAUACUAGGCUUAGGCAUCAUUGGUGCCAAUGUGUACUUCCUCAGCACUUCCUUUGUGAAGUGGCUAAUUCAUAGCAGUCUUCCAAAGGUGGCAAAUGUGUUCAUUGGGACUAUAGUGUUUCCUCUGAUGGCAGUUUAUAUCAUCUCAACUAUCUACCUAACAUUUAGAAAAGACACUGUUAAGAUAUAUACUGAGACAAAGAAUAUUGAUACAGUGCAAAGACAUGUAGAAAAGGGGACUUUGGAUAAUGAUCAAUUAGAGUUGAGAAAUGCUCCUUAUAGAGAAGACUUAGCAAGUAUCCCACUACCAGAAUAAGGGACCAGGCUAUAAAUCAAAGGCAUACCAACCAAGAAAAGGUUCUGUCUUAAACAAAAACCUCACAUUGCUUUCUAGUCACUUUGUUGCAACCAUUUUCUCCGAGUGUGAAUUGUGCUCUUCUCUUCUACUCUUUUCUGCCCCUACCCCUACUUGGAAUUUCGUGUAUAGACUUAAGAAGGAACACAUGGUAGAAUAAAAAAUUGUUUGUCUUGUGCUACGAGACCAAACUGCACUAUAGGGAUAUGAAUCUAUGAUCACAUCAGGCUAAUAUGGACUUUAUAUGUGUACAACUGAUCAAUGUAUUGGAGACACAAGUCACAAUGUCCUGGUAAUCCAACUAACUAGGUUCUGUGUCAGGGAUGACAAUGAAAUUUAGAAAGUUACUUGAUAUGUACGUAGAAUCUUGAGAAAGAAGCUAGAACUAUGGAAUUUAUAA